ACUAAAAAAUCUUAACUUGCAGAGUGAGAUUACAAUAAUAAGGAAAAUGGACAAGUUGAAAAAGGUAUUGCGUGGAGAAGAAGAGCAGCAGGAUGAGCAAAGCAUAAUAACCGACGUGUACAAUGCCUCUUCACUCAGCUGGUCAACCCGCAUUAAAGGAUUCAUUGCCUGCUUUGUUAUUGGUUGCUCACUAUCCAUAUUGGGUUCCUUCCUCCUCUUCAUUCCAUCGAGUCAUAACCUUCGUACGUUUGCCGUCCUGUAUUGCUUCGGCACCGUAAUCGCUCUUUCUGGGACCCUGUUUCUAAUGGGACCCAUCAAUCAGCUGAAGAACAUGUUUAAGGAGAAGAGGAUUAUUGCAACAUUAAUCAUGAUCGCCAUGAUUGCAUUGACACUCAUGUCUGCACUGUGGUGGGAAAUCACCAUUCUGGCAAUCCUGUUCUGCUUUCUACAAUUUCUUGCAUCAUUAUGGUAUUCCAUAUCCUACAUCCCAUACGCAAGAGAUGGUGUGAAGAAAUGCUGCGAGGGUUGCUUCGCAUAGGUUCUGAGACGGAAGAGGGCUAUGAGCCACAGUGUACAAAAGAAAUCAACAUAGACAUGGCAAGAAGCUGCAAUAAGUAUCUGUCAAUGCUCAUAUACCUGUAGGUAGGAGGGACAGAAAGAUUUGUCAUCGCUUCCAACAUAUGGGAUACUUGUUUGCAAUAUAUUUUCAAUUUAAUGUCCGUUUUCAGGACAAAAGUUUUCCUUGAUAACGUGAAAGGCUCAACCAAGGAAGGUGCGACUUACCAGGCUGAUACUUGCACGUAAAAAAUGUUGCUUGGACUGAUUCAUUCUUGUAUUUGGAGAAGCUGAAAGAAACCAUAAAACAUGCCACACCCCCUCCCCCCCCCCUCCCUCCCUCCUUUUAGUGAUACCCCUGACUUCAGGCAUAUCCUCUCAUAUGCUUCGAGGUAUUGCAAGAUUCAAACUUUAUUACUACUAUAAUACUAUUAUAAAAAGAGGUUAUUUAGCACAAUAUUCAUAAAGGCUUGUUCAGAUAUGACAUAGUGAAACACCGCGUAAAAGCUGCUGCUCUUUCUUCACGGGUAAAUGAAGGUCCUGUGCAUAUUCAGUGAGCUCUAUGUAAUAAUAAACAGAAGCGUGAAGGGUAUGGUAUCACAAUAUAUAUGUAAGCACAAAAAAAAUGGCAAUGGUUUCGCCGUGCUAAUUGUAAACAAGGCUUUAGGAGGCGGUUCCAAUUUCCUGUGCUAAAUGUAAACGAGGCUUAAGACAGCGGUUCCAAUGAUAGUACCAGAUUGCAUAUCCAAACAGAGAACAAACUGUAAAACCAUAAAUGUUUGCAUGCAUGAAACUUUCGCGUAUUUCAUGAAGAGUCCAGAUUCGUAAAAGUUAAGGGCGUGAAAGGUUUUGGUUAUACAAUGCAUCGAAUGCCAGUACAGUGCCUUCAAGCAUUAAGCUGCACAAGUAAAAUGACUGGUAUGGGUGGAUGUAUAAAACUAGCGCACGAUCAUUCAUGACCACAACUGCCUGUCUGAGUUUAAUGAAAGUGUAUUUCAGAGGCAUGAUCGUUUGGCUUAAAUGACAUUGAUACAAGAUUAGUUUUACAAAGUAUUAUAAAAUAUAUGAGAUAUAUAUAUCUUUAUAUCUAUUUUUUUCCACGUUCAGCCAUUUAUAAACCUUUCAUGCGGUGUAAGAGACUCUUAGCUACAAUUCGCGAAAGUUGCAUGUAGCGAAAGUUUCUGUUUUACAGCACCAUUGAUAAAAUAUAUAUCAGAAGCUUUGGUGUAAUUAAUAUUUGAUUUUUUUUCUUUCCAAAGGCUAUUUAUCUGUACAGAAAUGCACCUAUGUAGAAUAGAAACCUUUUGUUUUCAAUCUUUCUACUUAUAUUUUCUAUGAUAUUCAGAAUUAUGAAGUUCAAUUUUUUGUUCUUUCUUUUAUUUAUUUUUUUAUAAAGGGAAUUUAUUUCAUUUGCCUUACUCUAUAUUCUAUUGUCAGCAUUUUAGUAUCAUCUUGAUCAAUAUUUUUUUCCUUCUCAGCUUCAUGAUUAAGUGCCCUUAUCUGAUGAGGUAAAAUUAGGUUUAAUACAGCAGUAGUACUUACAUGUAGAUGUAUUUAUUUACUUUUUAUUUUAUUGUCAAUGAUUUGAACAUUGUGUUAAACUGAGAUGUGAAGGCGAGAAUUAAGUUCAGUAUAAUAUAUGAAGUCUACAUUAUCAUCACAUCAAUUGCAUAUGAACGUGAUUUGUAUUAGUUUAGUCACAUUUGGAAAUUUUGUAGUUGUAGGACUUGUAAAAUCGAAUUAGUCCUGCCAAUUGAUUAGAAUGUGAUCUAUUUAUAACUCACUGUUUCUGUGACAUGAAUCAAUUUAUUUCAUGACGCAUGCCAACUUUCUAGUGUCUUAUGGUAAAUCAAACUGCACCUGCCAUGCCCUUCUGGCCUUACAUGCAUGUACAUUGGGGAACCUCUGUCAAAUUUAUCGAGACCAAGAAAAUGAACUUGUUUUAUAGAAUCCUUGUUUUCUCAGAACUAAUAAACAAUAGAAUACAAAGAAGUGGGGCUCUCAAAAUUACCUUGCUAUAAUGAAUGUUUGCAAUUGUCUUCUGUAAAACGAGGUAACACUUAACAUUUGCUCCAAGUAGUUUGUACAGUAAUACAUGUAUUGGUUUCAUGUUUCUGGUUAGAGUGUUUGUACGUGUACAUGGUUACUGAAUGUGUUUGACAUUGAAAAGAAGUGCAAUUUGGUUACUGAAUACUGAUGGCAGUUUCAUUGUUGGAUCGGGUUUAAUAUUCUGUCCAUAGUAUCACUCAAUAAGAAGAAGAAUCAAAGGGACCCGUGGAUCCAGCAGUUUAAUGUGUUAAAUCUACCAAAUAUAAACGCUGGCACUACCUUGCCAUUUCAAAAUUAGAGUGUGCUCCUGUUAGAAUACGCUGCAAAAAAAUGUGGGCAACAAUGUAACAAAUAAGUUGAAAACUGUGUCUGUAGUACAAUUCUUUAAGGAGAAACUGAAAGUUAAGUUUUAAAGUUCAUGAAAUGACAAUCUAAAAUUAUCUAUGUGUGACAUCUUUCCACGUUUAUUCAAAUAAUUUGCCAGCAUCAAAAUAAUAUUUGGGCCAAUCGAUCUCUUUGUAUACAUUGAGUUAAUUUAAUUGAAAUAUGCAUAGUAGUAUUUAUCAAAUUCAUCAAAAUUGGUCUUUAUGAUAUUGAUGUGACAUGUUUUUAUUGUUUAAUGUAGUCCAUUAUGUGUUAAUCAAAUGAUCUUCCAAAGAAAAGAGUGUCUUUAGAAAGCAACCUUGAGAGUACUUUCCAAAAGUACUGAAUCAUAUUUUAUAUCAGAAUCUUGAAGAGUUAAAAUCUGCCUUUUUGAAAUGACUGUAUAAUGUGCUUUUUCAUUAUGGACACAAAAUAUAUGAUAUUAUAUCAAAAGUGCCAAUUACAGUUUUGGUUCAUGUGAAAUCAUAUUUAUUUUUAUCAUAAAAUCAGUAAAACUUUAUCUAUGAUUUAUGAAGAUUGGGCCUCAUAUAUUUUUGUGGUGUAAUACUUUUUGUCGAGUUCUAAAAUCAUUUGUUUGUAAAUUCAUUUUCUGCAAGCGCUGUACUUUUUUCAAGUUACCUUAUUCUAUGUAAGAUUGUGAACAUUGUCAUAAAAGUGGCAUGUCUUUUGCAUUUCUAUAUUUAAGUUUAUGUGCAUAAUGUGAAACAAACAUAGCAGUUUGUGUUGUACAGUGGAUAUAUGCUGAUCAAAACUAUUGGCAUUCAUCAAAUGCAUUAAUUUUCAAUAAAAAGUUAUUGGAAUAUGCAGUUUUCCAAUAAUGGAUCAUUCUCUACCAAGCACUGUAAACCUGGUGAUUAACAAAAAUGUUUCAAACUUUCAUAUUUAGAUGGUGUAUGUAAAGUGAUAGUAAUUUUGCCUGUAAAUAUAUAUCAAUAUGGAAAUACAAAUAUACUGUAUUGUUGUCUCAUUAUAUUGCAUUGCUGUAAAACUGUACUUUAUUGCCAUGUAUCUUAAUAAUGGCAACUGCCUAUUCUUAUUUUUUCUUAAA